AAACACCAUUCUUCCCCUGUUUCUCUUCCCCAUUCUCUCUCUAUCUCAAAACCAGUCAGUCUAUUCGCGAAUACAAUUCGAAAUCCGAUAACCCACAUUCGAAAAGCUGGCGAUCGAUAAUCAAGAAACCACUUUUCGUGAAAUCAAGCAUAAGGGUAGAAGAAUCAUGGGAGCUGGAGGACCUGAAGAAGAUGAUAACCGUUGGCCGCCAUGGUUGAAUCCAUUGCUUAAAGAACGUUUCUUUGUUCAAUGCAAGUUACAUGCUGAUUCACAUAAGAGUGAAUGUAAUAUGUAUUGUCUUGAUUGUAUGAAUGGUGGCCUCUGUUCUCUUUGUUUAUCUUAUCACAAAGACCACCGCUCAAUUCAGAUUAGGAGAUCAUCUUAUCACGAUGUGAUUAGGGUUUCCGAGAUUCAGAAAUUCCUAGACAUAACCUCUGUUCAAACAUAUGUUAUCAACAGUGCUAAGGUUGUGUUCCUUAAUGAACGCCCACAACCCAGGCCUGGUAAAGGUGUCACCAAUACUUGUGAAGUUUGUGAACGCAGCCUUCUUGAUUCCUUCCGUUUCUGUUCACUCGGCUGCAAGAUUGUUGGAAUGACUAAGAAUGGGCAGAGAAAGAGACAUUUUCAUGAUACGGUGAGGCCAUAUCCUCCACCGCCGGCGACGGCGGCAACGACGGCGGCAGUGUCAGAUUCUGAUGAUUCAUACAGUGGAAGUAGUAGCCAUAUGGGUCAUCGGAGCAACAUUAAAGUUCAGAGCUUUAGCCCGUCAACGCCGCCGCCAAUGUCGGUCAACUAUCGGACGGCGAAGAGAAGAAAGGGAAUACCACACCGGGCACCGAUGGGUCUAGUGGUAGAGUAUUAAUUCCACAAUGUUAAAAGAGGGACCCAUUUGAAUGUUUAGGAAAAUGCUCUUUUCUUUCUUAGAUCCCUCUUUCCAUUAUAACAAGCUUUUGUGCUUUUACCAAAAGGCCAAUGCUAUGUAAAUAUCAGAAGCAAAAGGAAGAAGAAGAUGAAGAUCAUGAAGAAAUAAGACAAUAAUAAUAAUAAUAAUAAUGUGAAAUGACUAAAUAGGGUAAAGGAUGGAACUUGGAAGGUUUAUUUACUUGUUUGGUAUAAUAGAAAAAUGAUUGUGGGAAGAUACUAUUAUAAGGUUUGUUUUAGGAAAGUUGUAUUUAUAUAUACAUAUAUUGCAAGUUUUGU